GUAAUUUACUUUUACGCAGAUGUUUUCAAAGAAAAUGCGGUGGUAGUCGAGUAAACUAUUUUUAGCUCAUUUUUUUUAAUAAAUUGCAUUUUAUAUAAACUUGCGGAAUACAAACUUCAGUUGCAACAGAAUUUUGGAAAAAUGGCACACAAAUGUGAAACUCCCGAUUGUGGCAAAGAGGCAACUCUUCAAUGUCCCACUUGUUUAAAAAUGGGCAUACCAGGCUCUUACUUUUGUACACAGGCAUGUUUUAAGGGUUUCUGGAAGGAACACAAGUUGAUACAUGCUUUAGCCGAGGGAGUAGCCAAACCAAAACAGUCCAAUGAAGAGUGUGGUUAUAAUCCCUACCCCUACUACCGCUAUACCGGUCCUUUGAGGCCCUAUGAAAAAACUCCUAAAAGGGCAGUGCCCGAGAGCAUAGAACGUCCAGAUUAUGCUGAUCAUCCACAGGGCAGAGCAGCCUCGGAAGAAGCCAUGAGAGGCAAUACUUCUAUUAAGGUUUUGGACGAUGAAGAAAUUGAGGCCAUGCGUGUGGCCGGCCGUUUAGGUCGUGAAUGUUUAGAUGAAGCUGCCAAAGCCGUAGAUGUAGGUGUUACCACAGAUGAGUUGGAUCGUUUGGUGCAUGAGGCCGCCAUUGAGAGAGAUUGUUAUCCUUCUCCCUUGAACUAUUACAAUUUUCCCAAGUCCUGUUGCACUUCAGUUAACGAAGUUAUUUGCCACGGCAUACCCGAUUUGAGACCACUCAAGGAUGGUGAUAUUUGUAACAUCGAUGUUACCGUCUAUCAUCAUGGUUUCCAUGGCGAUUUGAAUGAAACUUUCUUUGUGGGUAAUGUAUCGGAAAAACAUAAGAAACUGGUGCGUGUUACCUAUGAGGCCUUAUCAAAAGCCAUAGAAUUGGUAAGACCUGGUGUCAAGUACCGUGAGAUAGGCAAUGUUAUACAGAAGUACGUGGCUCCUCAUGGUUUUAGUGUGGUCAAGAGCUAUUGCGGUCAUGGCAUUCACAGAUUAUUCCACACUGCCCCAAAUGUGCCUCAUUAUGCUAAAAACUCGGCUGUUGGUGUUAUGAAAGCAGGUCAUUGCUUUACUAUUGAACCCAUGAUUUCCGAGGGUGUGGCUAAGGCUGAACAAUGGCCUGAUGAUUGGACUGCUGUUACAGCUGAUGGUUUGUAUUCGGCACAAUUUGAACAGACUUUACUGGUCACUGAUACCGGUUGUGACAUCUUAACAAAACGCCGCGAAAACAAUGGCCAACCUUGGUUUAUGGAUAAAAUGUAAAUUGAUGCGGUAGAAGGACAAUAUUUUACAAAAUCUAUUGUAUAUUUUCAAAGUUUUUAUAAUAAACCAAUUUGAUAAUUGCUCUUUUGUUAAAGGAA